ACACAACCCAACAAGUGCUCCCAUGCCUGCGGUGUGAUACCAUCAAACAUCGAGAAGUGCUAUUGUCCCAAAGGAAUGCAAUUAGAUUCAACAAACAACCAUUUGUGUGUCCGUAAGUUGAUAGUGCUUUUUAAUGUUUACAAAGAAAGAUCCAUCAAAUAUAUUUAUUUGGAAAUAGGCAAAUGCUAUAAGAAAAUUUGAAUUUAUGAAGAUGAUAUCAUGUUCCAAAAUAUAGUAUGCAACAAUAUACCAUUUAAGUUACAAUUUUGUUUGUGUUCAUAUGUACUAUUAUUAUGAUAGUUCAAAUAAUAAUAUAUUUGCAUUAUUUUAUUUUAAAAUUUUAACAUGAAAAAUAAUCUUUUUUAAAGAAUAAUGAUACAAUUUUAAAUUAUUACCAUCAAAAUUAAAAAAAAAAGAUACCUUCAUAAAGAAUUUGUCACAGCAAUGAGUAAUUACUAGUGCAAGUAAUUAUAUACUCGGUCUAAAAGACUAUCUUACGUGCACAUCACACUUACGUAGUUCAGUAGUUUAAUGCAAGUAAAAUUUUCCGUAAUUCUUUGUCCUUUUUUAAUAGUCGUUAUUAACAUUACCUCUACAUUUUCUAUGCCUUUAAUACUUUUCGCGCCCCUUUCGAGUGAAUGAGUUAUGCAUUCAGGAAGAAAUUCAGGUAUUCUUUAAAUUGCUUUUCCUUCCAUCACAUUUUUCCCGAGUUGACAGCAGGAAGAUACUUUUCCAGUGUUUUAAAAUUAUAAACAGAUUAUUAAUCUAGAGGGCAGCAUAGAGAACCAACCUUUUCUUAAUAGGUUUGUCCUCUUAUAAAUUUUGUUUUUCUGAACGAAAAGAAAAGAGGACAAACGCCCUGUUCACUUCCAAGUUCUUUCAAAUGGUUUCAUCGCAUUGUUUGGUUCUGACGUUCUACAAGACGUUUGACUUGGAGUUGACAGGCAUUGAUAUCUUUUGUUGGGCUGAUGUUACAUGGAGGAAAUCCGCCAAGAAACCUUCUACCCUGGUAGUUUAUUUACAUUCCAACACAACCAAGACGGCCAAUCAUUACAUAUAAAUACUUUACUCAUUUUAUGACAGUUAUUGCUUGAAUCGGUUUAGCUUAUCUUCAGCGGAAAUCUUAAAACGACCAUAAUUUAUUAAACUGUUUAAAAAAAAAUUAUUUCGCUUCUUUAGAAGUACCGAUAUGUAUGCAGAGUCAUCACUAGGGCUAGUGUCACCCGGUGUUAUAAAUUAGAGCUGCCCCCCCCUUCUCCACCCUGCGGACCUACACCGAGUAAUUUUUAACUAGAUCAAACAGAACCGCUUACAGUAUUGUUUGUAAAUAAAACCCUAAAGCAACAUAGGCCUUAAGAGGAAAACAGAAUUUGAGGUCCCCGUGACAGCUUUUAAAAAAGUGCAAGAAAAUUAUCUUUUAGUAAAACGUGGAACGUUAUAGUUAAAACUUGACUUUUCUGUUCUUCAAAGAUCACAAACAUGUCAAAACCUUCAUCAAAAUGAACAUUCUUCAUCGUAUUACUUUCCAAUGACAAAAUAUCAAGACCAGACAACCCGGUAGAUUGCAAUUAUUUAUUAGCUAAUAUAGCCGUUGUUGCCCGGGUUUGGACUCUGAAACUUUUCUGUAAUUCUACCAGUUAACAUUUAUUUACCCGAAAGGGCCUGUGAUAAACAUGUCUUUAUGUAAGUUACAGUUUUGGUUUUGAAAAGCCCUCUCACUUGAAGCCACAGACACACGGAUUGUGAUACAUAAUAAUAGGUUUAAUGAGAGGAUUGCCACCCUGUCCUGGAGGAAUCCCGUGCAGUUGACACAUUGUUCUGUUUGCAACACGUUCUGUUGACACCCUGCUCUGUCUGAGUGCACUCUGUUUUGUAUUUAACUAACUUCUUUAUGAAACCGCUUAAAUCGUACUCGUAACAUUUCCAUUUUCACCCCCCCCCCUGGGAUGGUAUCACCCGGUGUGGUCCACAUCCCCUAGUGACGCCACAAGCUAUACGAGCAAGCUCUGAAGUUCUAAUUGAUAAUUAGAUUUCUAUUUCGAGCAAAGAAGAUAUCUUUGUUUAUUUCUCAUAUACUAGGUAAUGUCUGUUAAGCUUAUUAUCUCAGUUUAUUAGCAGCUACUUCUAUUUCUAUAUGUUAGAAAAAAAUAUUUUGAAUGUGUACAAUUUAGUUCCUCAGGCUCUUAAAGAAUCAACAAGAUAUAACAAUUUUUAACCAGAUUUCUUAAGUAAACAAUGACAGAAUUAAAUUUUUAAAAUGAAAUCUGAAUCCUCUGAGUCUCAAAGGGUGGAAAUUUGUUAUGUGACACAAAUUUGAGACAAAAUCAUUGACUGCAAGGGCACAAAUAUAAAAAAAAGGUGAAAGGUGCCCUUCAAAAUAAAUAUGAAUGCAACAUCAUUUUCUAAACCCACCCAAAGGCCAUGUUAAGAGAGCUGUGACGACUGUGGCGAGGAAAAGUGGCGCCCGGGAAGAAGCAUGAACAUUUCACCCUUCAAUAUGUCGAAAAUAGUUAUGCCUGUGAUGGACCAGUAACACGAUGAUUUUGGCGCCAUUUUUUUUGGGUUAAAUACGUGUCCUUUUAUCGUUAAAUUCACUAUUAAGGUCCUUUCUUUAGAAGAUUUUGCCCCACCCCUCCCCAAUGUUGAAGCCUGGUGAAAGUGCCCACGUUACCCCAACUCCUUCGCACGGCCUACAUGCUCAAUGCUCAUCCAAAAUGUUCAAAUUUAAUAAAUUUAAGAUUUUAAAUUGUGUUGAGCAUUGGUUAAGCUAUCUACCUUGCAACGAAGACGCCCACAGCCAUGGGUAAAAAAGUAGGGUCAAUUUCAACUCGUCAGGCCAUUAAGGUAGAUGUUCUUCCAGACGAGGAAUCCUUAAGAAAAAGCACAGAUGGAUUCAAAUAAGGACAAGAAAAAAAAAUAAGAUUCCAAUAUUGAACAUUCUAAAUCUUCUUAGCGCUCAACAAAGUGGCAAUAAUCUUACCGGUUCAGUUGAAGAAGUAAUUUAAAACUCAGUAUGAUUAACGUUCUUGGAGCAUUCUAAUUAAAUAGCCACACAAUAAAUAAGUUUGAAGGACAUACACCUAAUGACAAAUUAAGACAAAAUAGCUUAAUUUUUUUACAUGGACAUUACAGCUUAGAGCGCAAGAAACCAUCGACAGAUACUUGUAUUUUCUUAUAGUUUUAGAGUGUUAGUCAAUUAGGGAUCAUAGAAAAACGAAUAGAGUUGGAAGCCCAAUAACUUUAUGUAACUUUCAAUUUUUUGGCCAAUCCAUAAUUUGCAUUUUGCUAAAUAUAAUGCAUGUCAAAAAUGCUAUUUUCUGUCAAUGUAUAUCGUAAUAGGAAUUAUUGUCAGUUUAAAAAAACAACAACUAACCUGGGGUAUUUUACAGCUUGUCAAGACUGGUUUUAUGGACAGGACUGCAAAUACGAGAGUACCUGCAACAGAGUCAACACCAAAGUACUGAACCGCGUGAAUGGUCUGUGUACCUGCUACUUAAACUGGACAUCUACAGAUUGCAGCCAAGAUUUUAAUGAGUGCACUGUAAACGCCUGCAAUACAACAAUAUCUAGUUGCUUAAAUAGUUGGGGAUCAUUUGAAUGUCGCUGUAACGUGGGUUAUGAAAAUGUAAACAGACAAACAUGUGAAG